AUGUUGAGAACAUUGCAAAUACGUCCAAUAUGGACCCCUGGAGUUAAGUAUCCAUUACGAGUUGGUAAAAGAUUUGUUUCUACCGAAAUUCAAGAAAAAGAUCAACAAGCUGGUGAAUCCAAUACUGCGACCGAUACAGGUGUCAUUCAUAAAACUGAGGAAGAAACGUUAAUAUACUUUGAUAAUGUUUACCCUCGUGCCACUUCUGUUUGGAAUCCCACUCUUUGGUAUAAUUUACUAUUAAGAAACCAAUCUAGGGAAGCUGUCAGAGAGAAGAUCCAAAAUUUCGCUAGUCCCACUUCAAAUCCUAUCCAUGGACUUCGAUUAAGAUCCACAAUUCCUGUUAAGAGAGAUGGAGGUGUGUUUGCUACAUUCUUGAUACCUGGAAGAUAUACUAAAGCUCAGGUGAACUCUUUGAUUCAACAGAACACCGCAAAGGAAUCAUCAAGAACUCUCAUCGGUAAAUACUUCACAAAGGCCACAGCAUUUCCAGUGAAAGGUACCCCAUGGAUAGAAGAUUUGAGGAGAUUACCAAACACCACGAUUGUAGUAAAAUUUCAAGGACCUCCCUUAACCGAGGAAGAGAUGUAUUCAUUAUUUAGAAGAUAUGGAACUAUUGUGGAUAUUUACCCAGCCGGAUCGGUUGCGACUGACGGUUAUGCAAGAGUGAAGUAUAGAUCUUACAGAGGUGCUAUUUGUGCCAAGAAUUGUGUGUCUGGAAUUGAAAUCAGGAACACCGUGGUACAUAUUCAGUAUGACGCCAUAAUACAGGGCCAUAUUUUUUCCAACUUCUUUGUCAAUCACACUAGAAUAGCUAUUCCAGUACUGAUUGCGUUGCUAUCUAUUUUUGCUGUCCUGGUUUUUGAUCCUAUAAGAGAAUUUUCAAUCGAACAAAAGAUUACUCAUAAAUAUUCACUAUCAUUUGGUAAUCCUCUGUUUAAAAGUGUAAGGAAAUUUACUUCUUCAACCGUAUCCUCAUUUAGGAAUUACCUUGGUAGGAACGAGGAAAAACAAGCUGAGAAGCAUUUAUGGGAGGAAAGAAUUGAAAGUGUUAAUGACUUAAAAAUGUGGUUAGAGGAAAACAUCAAUACCUUUGUUAUAGUAAGGGGUCCAAGAGGUACCGGUAAGCAUGAUUUGGUAAUGCAACAUACACUAAAUGAUAGGGAAAAUGUGUUGUAUUUGGAUUGUGAUAAGCUUAUCAAAUCAAGGACGGAUGCGAAGUUUCUGAAGAACGUUUCCUCCCAAUUAGGUUACUUCCCAGUUUUCCCAUGGAUUGAUUCAGUUACAAAUAUUAUUGAUUUAAUGGUACAAGGUUUAACUGGCCAAAAGACUGGCUUGUCUGAAACGAAGGAGACACAAUUUAGAAAUAUGCUAACUACAACCAUGAUGGCUUUGAGACAUAUAGCAUUAAAAGAUUACAAACCUGUUGUCACAAAUGGAGAUACUACAAUCAACGUUAAAGAGGAAGAUUAUUUGCAACAACACCCAGAAGCUAAACCUGUUGUUGUUUUGGAUAGUUUUGAAGGAAAGGCUGAUAUUAAUGGAUUUGUUUACAGAGAGCUAUCUGAUUGGGCAACUAUGUUAGUACAGACAAAUGUUGCUCAUGUCAUAUUUUUGACUGAGACAAUUGGAUCAAAUCAGGUGUUAACCGAAUCAUUUCCUAAUCAGGUAUUUAAGACUUUGAUUCUAUCUGACGCCUCGAAAGAGAAUUCGAGAGAGUAUGUCCUGUAUAGACUGAAAGAGAACCAAAUACAGAAAGAAGAGGCCACAAAUGAAAACGAAGAUGCUCCUGAACAGAAGGUAAAUAUUUUUGAUGAGAAGGAUUUACAUGAUAUUGAUGAAGUAUUGGAACCUUUAGGUGGUAGAAUGUUAGAUUUACAAGCUUUUGUUAGGCGUGUAAAAUCUGGCGAGGAGCCCAAAGAAGCGUUGGAUAAGAUGAUCGAACAGGCAUCAGAACAGAUUACUCAGAUGUUUUUGAGUGACAAGGUUGAUAGUUUAAAAAGUGCCCAAGCAUGGGAAUUAAUUGGGUUGUUAAGCGAAAGUCCAGUAGUAUCUUUUCAUGAUAUUAUCUAUAGACCUUUGUUCAAAUCUGCACCUGAGCUAGGUAUUUUGGAGUUGGAAAAUAACGGUUUGAUAACGGUGACAAGAAACAGAGGAGUGUUGCAAGAAAUACACCCUGCAAAACCUUUAUACAGAGCUGCGUUUUCGUAUCUUCAAAAGGAUUCUCGCUUAUCAAAGGUUCUCAAGACACGUUAUUUGUUAAAGGUGAUUAGUUUUGAAACUUCACGAAUUAAGGGCUGGGAAGAAGAGCUACGCCCAUUAGGUAAGGUUAGAGAUCUAAAACAGUUUAAGAGCAGACUAGACUACUUAUCGGGAAAAAUUGAUGUGAGUAGUGCAACAAUAAGCAAAUGCGAAGAUGAAGUCAAAGAGCUCUCCAAAAAUGAUUGA